AUUGUCAUAAGUGAUGACAGAUUGAAUAAGAGAGGGAAAUAUGAUCUUCGCUCCAGGUUUGUUCAUAGUUGGAACCUUUCUCUUCCCAGUAAGCCAUACUCUGAUCACCUACUUGCUAAAGCACGUCCUAAAAGACUUGUCAUAUGUGGAAAGGUUUGGUAUAAGUACGAGGAUUGUCUCUGGGAUACAAGCUAUUGCUGCUGCAAUUGUGGGUUUGCAAGGUGCUCUGUCAUGUCAAGAUAUAUUAGAUGACAGAAUACCAGCUAUCACAGAUUAUUUGUGCUUUGGGUUGACAUAUUUUUACUAUGACACUGUAGUUAUGUUUUAUGCAGUUUAUAUGAAAGAAAAGGCAAAGAACCCCAGAAUUGAUUACAUAUCUGCAUGGAAGAUUUUUUAUAAGAAAAAACGCUUGAUAAUUUUUCACCACAUAUUUUUACCCAUUAUUGGUUUUCCCAUCUCAAAUUUUUCCUGGAUAAGAAAUGAUAAAGGAGACUUUUUCAUAGCAGUUUUGUUUAUGUCAGAAUUCAGUACACCUUUCCUAUCCAUAAGAGCAAUAUUGGCAAAGCUUGGCAAAAAGAAGUCGCCACUCUACAUUAUAAAUGGACUUUUGCUAGCAAUCGUAUUCUUUGUUUUCCGGGUAUUGGUCUAUCCGUACUUGUACUGGAAAUAUGCAAAUUUCAAAAACAUUAGCUACUUUGAAGUUCCAUUUUCCAUUCCUCUGUGUUGCAAUGUUGCAUGUUUCUUACUGAUGAGUCUGCAAGUCAAUUGGUCGUAUAUUAUUCUAAAAGGAUGUUUCAAAUACUUACAAAAUGAUCAAUCCAAGCAAAAAGAGGAACUGGUCAACUGCAGUGCACAUUAUUCUGGACAACACACUUCAAGUAAUUUUGAACUGAAUUCUACUCUGCACAAACAAGAUUGAAAUUUAUGGUUUAUGGUCCAAUAUUUUCUAACACAUAUAAAGAUUAUUCUGGCAAUUGUAGCUGAAUACCAAAUUACAUAUGAAAGUCAUACAGCAUCCUCCAAUGUUAUUAAGAUUGACUUUUAGUCUUGUAGUCAUAGGUAAGCUUUUGUCAUGCACAAUAAGGGUUGAAGACUUGGCAAUACUAUACUAGCUAGUCAUUACACCUUGUAAUUUAUCUUAAAUCUAAAAUCCCAUUUUGUAGUAAAUUAUGCAUAUGCUUAAGGGGAUUAUUCAUUAUCCUUGGACUUUUAAACAUAUUUUAUUACAUUCUAAGAUAAAUUAUUGAUGUAAUUACAUAUACCAUAGCCUGCUUCUAUGGCUCUCUCAUGCAUUGGAUGAAAAUAAUGAUACUUGACAACCUCGUUGGAAUUUUGCAAGGGUUUAAUUGCUAAAUAAUCAAUUUUAAAAUAAUAUUUUACAUCAAAAAUUACUCAUUUCAUCAAUUCACUGUGAGCCAAUCUUCAGGUUUACACUAACUUUUGUAUUUAUAUUAGUAAGAGUAGAUUAUUAUYAUUAUUUCUAAAUGUAAAUUGGAUUCAGAUGAAUUUACAGAACUCAUGCUAUUUUAUGAAUAUUUAAUGAGAUGAUGACAAUUUUUGACAAAUUGGCUUUAAGUUUCAAUUUUUUUAAUGAGCCAAUAAUUUGAAUAACAUAAGUUUUUAUUUAUAUUGAAAUUGGAAAUAGUUAAGAAUAACAGCUCAGAUUUAUUGUUGGGGGCUGUUGGCCAUGUGACUAAUAUUAUGACACAUACCUUACCAACAUUCUGCCAACACCAUACAAACGCAUGUUUAUCAACCUACUGACACCCUACCACCAUUCCACUGAAACCCUUCCAACAACCCACUGACACCCUGCCAACAACUCACUGACACCUUACCAACAACCUACUGACACCCUACCACCAACCCACUGACAUCCUACCAACAACCCACUGACAUCCUACCAACAACUUACUGACAUCCUACCAACAACCUACUGACACCCUUCCAACGACCUACUGACAUCCUACCAACACCUUACUGACAUCCUACCAACAACCUACUGACACCCUUCCAACGACCUACUGACAUCCUACCAACACCUUACUGACAUCCUACCAACAACCCACUGACACCCUUCCAACAACCUACUGACACCCUUCCAACAACCUACUGACACUCUUUCAGCAAUCUACUGAUACCCUACCAACAACCUACACUCCCCCCCAACAAGUUACACACCCUACCACCAACAUAAUUUAACCCUACCAACAACC